AUGCCUCUCGCUACGCAGGCAACCAAUGAAAAUACGGCCACAAUAAAUUCUGAGCAAAUGCCUUCACUGGAUGAAAGUGCGCAAAAUAACACCAGUGGUGGCACAGUCUUUGGAAAAGAUAGCAACAAACCUGAAAAAUGUACGAGCGGGUGUGCGACGGAUUGGAUAUCGGAUGAGUUGGCAGUUCUUGCAGAUGAACUGCGCACUUAUAUUCCAAAGGGCACGUGGGAAAGUCUCGGAAGUGAGAAGGAAAUUAUGGAAGAAAACGGAGAUGAUGUGAAGAAGCGGGCACAAGUACGUGUAGCAUUUGAGGUACGAAGAGAUGUUCUCAUUCACCAACGAAUGGUACACACAAGUUAUUUAACAAAAGAAGCCAGUGAAGAUAGUCGUGAUCUACGUGGAACGGUAAACACAAUGUAUGAAGUGGCGAGAAGUGAAGUGGAUAUUGGGGUACAAGCAAUAGUACCUCUUGUAAAUAGUACUUCACAGACAUUAUUUGCACGGAAAGUGGAUGCUGCUGUACAGGCGGAACCCACACUUGUAGAUGCGUGUAUUCGUGGUUCUCUUCCACCAGGUAAAAUGGCACCAGAAUUAACAGCUUUCUUUGAUAAAGUACUUCCCCGUACUCUUCAUUGUCUUUUACAGAAUCAUGAAGUUCCAAUUUAUAAAGAUGAUUUUUCUUUACUUACAGAAGAUGAUGCGAUUGUGGGAUCUCGUGAUGAUGCUGUUCUUAUUGAAAGGGGUAAUUAUACACACACAACUAUGAAAGAUCUUCGAGUUUCUUCUAUUAGUUGGAGAAGUUCAAAACCAAAGGAUGAUUAUGUAUGUAUUUCUUCUAUAGCGCGUUAUAACUUUGAUCAACGUAUGGAAGCAGAAAAACGAUGUGAAACUUGUGUAAAUCUUGUUUGGGAUUUUGCAGAUCCUAUGCAUCCUCGAGCUUUACUUGAAGCACCUGUAGAGAUACAAGUAAUGUGUUUUAAUCCUCUUAAACCAAACCUUAUAGUAGGUGGUGCGAUGAAUGGUCAAUUAUUUUUAUGGGAUUUAAAUCAAAUAACUGCAACAACUGUUAGUGCUAAUAGUAGUGUUAACAAUGAUAUUGCUACAGCUGGUAAUUCUAUGAAAGAACAAGUACCAGAAUCUGUUGAAAGUUUUAGACCUGAAACUGGAUCUAAAGAUAUACCACCUAUGGCACCAAGUGUUAAAGGAUUAAGUGUAGAAAGAGAUGGAGAUGCACUUGUACCACGUCUUCAACCUAUACAAUCAUCUCGUGUUGAACUUUCUCAUAGACGUCCUGUUCAUGCAAUUCAAUGGAUGCCAAAUGGUUUAGAAUGUGGAUUUGAUGGAAAACAAGUUGUCACUCAAGAAGGUCGUCAAUUUAUCUCUUUAAGUGAUGAUGGUUAUAUGUGUGUAUGGGAUAUUCGUGCUGAACAUCUCCCGGCGGAUAAACUUCGAAAAAUGAAACAUCAAGGUCGUGUGGGAGGUGAAGAAUUUCCAUGGGUUCCACUAUUAAAAUUUCAAAUGUCUAAACCAGGAAACGCUGGAGAUUUAAUGGGAUAUUGUUUUCACGUGGAUGGUUUACAAUCUAAUGAGGCACCUUCCUAUACUGUUUGUUGUGGUAGUACAAAUGGUGAGGUUGCUAUAUGUAAUAUACAAACACCUGAUGAGAGAAGAGAAUUUUCAGCAAAUACAGAAGAAACUCGAGUGGUACGACAAGUAUCAAGAGGUCAUGCCGGUGCUGUAACGGGAGUACAACGUCAUCCUACUAUAAGUGAUGUGUACUUAUCAUGUGGAGAUCUUCACUUUAAACUUUGGCGUGUAGGAUUAAAUCAUCCUAUAUUUACAUCUCCUCAACAUGAUGCCCCUGUGACAUGUGCGUGUUGGUCUCCUACACGGGUAAGUGUCGUUGUAGUUGGAACCAUGGAUGGUAAAAUACAAAUAUGGGAUCUCUUAGAUAGAAAUAGAGAACCCUUACUGGUUCAUCAACUUGUACAAGAUGCGAUUACGGUUAUUACCUUUAAACCACCACCCCCUACUUUACCACCAAUGUAUGUACAGUAUGUGGCGAUUGGUACUAGUGUGGGUUCAUUCCAUUGGUAUGCACUACCGCGAGUCCUCUCACGCGGGCCGAGUGGAGAACAGCGACAUUUCCGGGUCAUGUUAGAACGGGAAGUGCGGCGAGUCCACUAUUACAUUUGGCGAUGGUCGGAGCGUGAACGAGAACGGGAUCGUUACGGUGCGGCGGCCGCCACAAUGUUUAGAAAGUCACUUCCCGCCAUUGCGGCCACGACGGCGGCGACGGCGGCGGCGGAUGAACACGAGAUGCGAUUGGAUCAUUUUGGAAUGAUGCCGCAUGAAGAGAACUUUUACGCCCACAAUCACCAUCGCGAUGAGGAGUUUCUCCGCAUUGUAGAGCAGCCACUGCCGGAGGCUGACAUGAUGGAGAUGGAGAUGGAUGACAUGGACGAGGAUGAGAAUAUCAACGGAGAGGUAAAUGGAAUAUAG